AUGUUGGGAGAUGGCCUACUGACAGGUUUGAUCCUCAUACUUCCAUGUAUGUUUAUCAAGAUUGAUAAACGUUUAUCAAGGCUGAUCUUAGAUACGUUUAUCAAGGUUGAUCUUAGAAUGGUUACCUGUAAGAUUCCUCCACAAGAGAUCCUCACGAAAGGUGCCGUUACUGCCCAAGUUGAUGGAGUGGUAUACUACGAGGUCCACAGUGCUGUCAGCGCCGUUGCUAACGUCACUGAUGUACACUCAGCUACCUUCCUCGGCCUCUUGGCACAGACAACCCUGAGAAACGUCCUGGGUACACAGAGCUUGGCUCAGCUCCUGGCAGGUCAUGAGGACACUGCACACAGCAUCCAGGCCAUCCCUGACAGUGCCACGGAGCACUGGGGAAUCAAAGUGGCCGAGAUCAAAGAUGUCAGGAUUCCCAUGGCCAUGCAGAGGGCAAUGCCAACCGAAGCAGAGGCUGCUCAAGAGGCAAGAGCUAAGGUUGUGGUGGCAGAGGGAGAAAUGAUUGCUUCUAAAACCCUCAAGCAGGCUUCUGUGGUCCUGGCUGAGUCUCCAGCAGCUCUUCAGUUGUGCUACCUGCAAACAUUGACCACCUUGGCAGCAGAGAAUAAUUCCACCAUUGUCUUCCCUCUCCCUAUUAAUAUGCUUGAGAGUCUAGGGCAGAAAAAUGGAGGGCGGUAG